CUGUCUCGCGCAUCCUCUAUGCUUCCGUGCUGUUGCUCCGUCGAGGCGAGCGCACGCGCGAGACCGGGAGUCAUUUGCGUAAUGCAAGUUACCCAGACCGGGGAUUCUGACUUUUAACAUGGCUUUCCUAGCGGAUAAACGUUAUAAAUAGGCUAAUAAUUUAAAUAAAUAUUAUUAGGUGCGGUAAUAGCUAUUUAAUAUUUUAUUAUUAUUAUUAUUAUUAUUAUUAUUAUUAUUAUUAUUAUUAUUAUUAUUUGGAAAGUCGGGUCUUCAGUAUAGGCUGCGCAAUUGGAGUCACAAGAACACCUGACAUCUCAGGACUUGAGGUGACCUGCUGUUUUUAGGACGCUUCAGAGAAGAGAAGAGAAGAAGUGCUGCAGGUUCGACUCGCUUUGAAGUCAUUCAUUAUAAGGGGAAAUCUUCAUCAGGAGAGAAGUGUUGUGUCGCUCCCUGGGCUAAGGGUUUUCUCAGUGAGGAAGGGCGACAGCAGCGCUGGCUUGAGGCACCCAGAGGAGGAGGAGGAGGAGAAGAAGGAGAAGGAGAAGAAGGAGAAGGAGUGCAUGGCUGGGUGAGACGCGGAGAGCCCGGUCCGGCCUCAGCGCUACAUGGAGGAGUUCAGCAGCAGAUAAGCAUGGACGUGGUCGAUGAAACGGAGGCUUUACAGAGGUUCUUUGAAGCUCAUCGUCAGCUGUAGGUGUGUUGAUUGAGAACAGCUCGCCAUGCUGUGGCUACAAGCAGGUCAUGAUAUUAACAGCUCUUUGGAGCCAACAAACAUUGACACCAGUAUACUGGAGGAAUACAUCAGCAAAGAGGACGACAGCACAGAUAUCUGUUUUUCUGAAGUCCACAGCGGCCCAGCGCCUAACUACUCCUCCCCCCAGGCCGGAGCGUCCUCCUCUGGGGGGGUGGUGUGUGGCGUGAGCCCCCUUAUCUCCCAGCGCCAGGGUACUCCCCAGUCUGUACCCACAUCGUGCCAGAACCCCUAUCCCCCUCCACCUCCACUCGGCCUUCUCAGACACAGCCAUCCCUGCCAGAGCCACCACCAUCACCAGCCAGUCACACAGCCCCACAUCAAACCUGAGCACUGCGCUCACUACGCAGCCGGAACACUACCUGAGUCUCCACCAGACUCUAGCUCGGAGCCCUACUCCCCCCAGCAAGUGAAUGAUUCGCACAUGCUUCGGACCAUGACGCCUGAGAAUAUGUGUCACAUGACUACUCCGCCACCCCUGCCACCCCAUAACCACUAUCCCAACAUACAUCGGGACAUGUACCUGAAACCCGAGCCCAUGAUUUCACAGUACCCGAUUGGUCCAGCCAGCAGCGGGGGUGGUGAUCUGCAACAGGGUCAGAUGCUCCAUCAACUGCUCCAGCAUCCACAAGGACAAGAUGGUAUACCUAUUCACCAAGCAAAGAAGAGAAAACACUCAGAUUCUCCUAACAGCACUCUUAAUGCUCAGAUCUUGACUGGCAUUAUCAAGCAAGAGCCAGGUUUGAUGCAGGACGCCGAGAACUCGUAUUUGGACCCAAACUACCAGUGCAUAAAAUGGCAGCCGCACCAACAGAACAAAUGGACUCCGUUAUAUGAUGCCAAUGGAAAAGAACUCCCGAUGCCCACGUACAGAGUGGAUGCUGACAAAGGUUUUAAUUUUUCUUUGGCUGAUGAUGCGUUCGUGUGUCAGAAAAAGAACCACUUCCAGGUCACUGUGUACAUUGGCAUGUUGGGUGAUCCCAAAUAUGUGAAGACCAGCGAAGGGCUGCAACCGAUUGAAUGCUUCUACCUAAAACUUAAUGGAGUCAAGUUAGAAGCCAUGAACCAGACGAUCAAUGUGGAACAGUCUCAGUCUGACCGCAGCAAGAGGCCAUUUAAGCCUGUACUGGUUACUUUGCCCCCGGAACAAGUAACCAAGGUAACAGUGGGUCGACUGCAUUUCAGUGAGACUACAGCCAAUAAUAUGAGGAAGAAGGGCAAGCCAAACCCUGACCAGAGAUACUUCAUGUUGGUGGUGGCUCUCCAGGCUCAAUCCCACACUCAGAGCCAUACAGUGGCAGCUCAGGUGUCUGAGAGGAUCAUCGUCAGGGUAACCGCUGCGUCUAACCCGGGUCAGUUUGAGAGUGACAGUGAGGUGUUGUGGCAGAGAGGUCAGUUGCCUGAUUCAGUGUACCACCAUGGCCGAGUAGGCAUCAACACCGAUCGACCUGACGAGGCUCUGGUCGUCCAUGGCAACCUGAAGGUCAUGGGUUCCCUGGUACAUCCAUCUGACAUCCGUGCCAAGGAGAAUGUGAAAGAAGUGGACACCACAGACAACCUAAAGCGGAUCUCUCAGAUGCGGCUGGUGCAUUACCAGUAUAAGCCUGAGUUUGCUGCCACUGUGGGCAUUGAGAACACUGCAGAGACCGGAGUUAUAGCCCAGGAAGUGCAGCAGAUCCUUCCAGAAGCUGUGAAAGAUGGCGGAGAUGUAGUUUGUGCCAAUGGAGAGACCAUCCCUAAUUUACUGGUAGUCAACAAGGAUCGCAUUUUUAUGGAGAAUGUCGGAGCAGUGAAAGAGUUGUGUAAACUGACCGAUAAUCUGGAAACUCGAAUCAAUGAACUGGAACGGUGGAGUCGCAAACUUGCUAAACUACGACGCCUUGACAGCAUGAAGAGUACUGUCAGUGGGGGUACAAUUAGCCUAACAGGAAGCUACUUUAGCAGAACAGGAAGUGGUCCACUUAAGAAGAAAGCAGCCAAAGCAGGAAAUAAGAGUGCAGCUCCAGAGCAGGGCUGUUUGAGUCACCGGUUCCUGCAGGGUACCAUACUGGCCCUGGUCAUCAUCAUGGCCUUCAGUGUCAUCUCAAUGUCCAUACUGUAUGUGCUAAACCUGCAUCAGCACAGCAACAUGGCUGAGGCAGAGAGUUCUAUGUCCUCCUGUGUUUUCUCCAUCUCCUGGAUGCGCUUCUUCACUGCCACUGUCACUUUCUGUCCAUCCAUCUGUUUAUGGACUCGCUCUGCUCUUGGCUCAUCUAGUAAAGCAGUUUAUUCACCCCCCAUCUCUACAAUCUCUUCAGACAUAGACAUAGACUCCACCUCUGCAACUUUGCCUAAUCGUCUUAUCUGCUGCCCUCCAACAACUGCCAACAACCAAUCAGCUACUGUCAGCCUGCAGCCAAGCACCAACCAAUCCAUGUCAGACUCCAGUAGUCCUGCUCCUACCAUGGCCAGUAUAAAUAGGAAGGCAAAGUCUCGUGGGUUGGAUAAAGACAGCAGGAGUAGAAACAGACUGAGUCACACUUCAUCCCCUCUCUCCCUCAGCAAGUCCAAGAAAAUUCCUCUACCCUCAGAUAUGGACACAGGAGGCAACAGUAACCGUCUCCCUGGGCCACGCAGGCAACGCAGCGCACACACUCAGGAUGGACAGUUCCUGCCGUCCCUAAAUGAACUUUACAUCGUCGAAACUAAUCAGGAAUUGAAGACACUGAACUGUGCUUCAUCUCACAGUUGCAGCUACACUGUAUUUCUGCACAGGAGUCAAAAUUCCUCUAUGAGUCACAUCACUCUACAUAUGAGGUACUCUGAAAUUGUAUGGGUGUGGCAGUGUAGUGUCACUAGAGGGCGUCUUUGCCCAAAUCACACAGAGACGGAUUUUUCUGAACGCAAAGGUGCCUUCACAAAGGGGACCAGUCACUUGUGGUCCUUUCCACUGGCAUCAGUCCAAGAUGCCACCUACCAUUUCCGGGUUUCAGUCUAUGGUGAAAUGGGCUGCUCUGGGUCUGAAGAACAGAAGCUGCAGGACACUACACCAUUCAUUGAUUACCGUUUUCUCAUCCAAAGCAGAUGCACUUAAAGGGUAGAGUCUAAAAUACCAAAUAUUUGUUCUCUCCCAUACACCCUUUGAACCAUUUUCAUGACUGCUCCUUUUCAUUUGCGAUGUUGUAGCAUGGGAAUUUGUCAGAACACGUCUCUUCAGGAAGUGCUUUACAAUAACAGACGCCACUGCCAAAACAAAUAUGCCCUAUUACCUCUAAGAAAUAUCUGACUCCAUGACAGGAUUACCCCUCGCUCACUGAUACUGCUGACACCGCAUACGCUAAUAAAGAAGAAAAGUACUAUACUACUUCCCUUGUCGCAAGGGUACAUCUUUUGAACCUUGAAAUUGUGUAUCUUUCACCUAAAAUGAAGUGAAUAUGGUGUACCUUCAAACGAGUUACAGAAUUAAAGAUCACUACUGUACCUUUAAGAAUGAAAACUAUAAAAGUACAGUACCAUACAUGCAUCUUACCAGGUUUGAGAUACAUACUAGUUGUACAAAAGAUGCGUACCCCAUUGACGAUGAAAUGUUUGGUUGAAUGCCUUGUUUUCUCAGAGUGCAAAUGAUCUCAUAAUACACUGGUGAUUUGCACACGUUUCUUAGCUGAUACAAGUGUAAUUACAUACCGCAUCGACGAAAAUGACACACAAAGGACAUUUGCUUGUACUGUAGCUACCUGGAUAACUGGAUAACUACAUGGAUGAUUUUCCUAAUCAUGAUUUAACUCUGUAUUUGGAACGUGAUACUCACCUUCUCAAAAGGUAUAGUUCUUCUAUUUUUUUUUUUUAUGUUUGUGUUUGUUACACUGCAGUCCUUGACUUGCUACAAUUCCUGGUGAAGAAAAGAAAUUAGGUUCAAAAUAUGUUGGGGGUGAAAGCGUUACGUGGUUCAGUAACUACAUUCAGUAGUGAAGAGUAAUAACCGUAACCACUUAAUACAGUAUGAACAGUCUAAUAAUAAUAAUAAUAAUAAUAAUAAUAUUAAUAAUAAUAAUAAUAGUGACAACUACUACUAUUAUUAUUAUGAUGAUGAUUAUUAUUAUUAUUAUUAUUGCCAUUUAUAAUAAUAA